AUGUCUUCAUCACCCCACUUUCAACUUCAAAACUUUGAUGAAUGGUGGCACCAGUCAACACCUACAGCUUCAGGGUUGGCAGAUAUUCCCCACUAUAAUAUUGGACAAUUCAAACCAGACACCAGGACCUUUGAGCUUCAUAAGGGUCCUGAAGUCCUGGCUCUAAUUCCUGCUCAUUACCGCAAUGGAUUGAGAUUCCUCAAUCAUAUCAUUAUAUGUCUUCAACAACUAUUGCGGCACUCUGAACCUCUUUUUCCUGUGCACAAAAAGAACCUCUUGCUACUCAAGUAUGAGGCCAUUGGACGUGAACUCAUGCUGCUCAGCAAAAUAAGAGAGGCUUUCAUUCAGGAGGUCAAUAGCCAAAAUCUAGUCCAGGGCAUAGGCGCACCAUCAUGGAUGUCUCCUAUUCUCAAUUCUUUCCUGGCAUAUAUGUUUUACUGCAAGUCCCUGGAUCCAGAUCAUAAAUCAUCUAUGAUGGGCAUGGAAGUUGAUGAUCCACAGACAUAUAACUGGUACCGUUGGGCAAAGGAGCAGCAGAUUCCUGGUUUAUGGGGAACCUUACCUGAAGGUCCUGCAGAACUACAGGCUGCUAUGUUGCAGUCCACUAUAGCUGGGAUAGCAUUGGAGCCUCAUGUAGAGUCACCUGGACCCUGUUCAGACACUUGGUGUGCUGGAAUGAUCCAUAAGAUGGUGGUGGAAUUAGACCACAAUCAGCCACCUCAAGAAAUCAAGGUUAUGAAUGAUUUCCAGACAGAGACGUGUGGAGCAUCUAUAGAUGUCACUGAUAAUAUUGUGAAAAGGGGUAGAGGCCGACCAAAAGGAGUCACCAACAGCAUCAUCACAGUGCCUCAGUUGCAGACAAGAUCUCCCAUAAAAUUACGUAGCAAUAAUAGAUCAAGUCAUUCAUCUGGACCUUCUGGCACUGGUCAAGCUGUUCUUUCACAAGACCAAUCCUUCAUUGACUCUACCACGACCUUGUUGGAUUUGGAGAAUGAGUCUAACACCUUGUCACAUGACACUGACAUGGAUUUCAUCUUUGAGUCUAAUGUUAUCAAGCAACAGGCAGCUGUUAUGGCUGAAUCAUCCAUGUCAUUUGAGCCAUCAACUCCUAUCUUCCUAUCUCAGGAUUUUCCAGAGUACAUUGAGACACCUUCAUCAUCAGCAACUUCAGAGCAUCCAGACAAAUUUGAUCAGCCUCAAAUCUUUUCACCAUCCUCUUCAUAUCCAUGCCAAAACCACUUACAAGACAAUUUCUCCUUGGAGAAUCAAACAACCAUGGCCAGUCCUUCAUCUAGCACUUCUCAACCUCAGGACACAUCCUUAUCGAUCACCUCUGGCUCAUCUGCAUCUGAUGGAUUGGAUACACCCUCCCAGAUCACAUGUAAAAUAUCAAAGGGUACUUUGAUUUUUAGCUGUGCCAAGAACCAGGUUGAUCUGGGAUUUGACUUUGAAUCAGUCACUCUGGUGCCUGGUAUACUCAAAUCCAAAUCCAAAUCCAAGAAAGGAAAAGGCAAAUCUUUGCAGUCUCCUAAAAAAAGACAGAUCAUCCUACAGACCAAGACCAAGGAGCAGAGUAAAGGUACAAAAGAGAUCUCAAAAUCAUCUCCAAUACCAGAGCCAAAGUCCAAGGUCAUGGAAAUCCCAGCACAUAAGGGCAAGGAGAAGGCUAAGACCAAAGAAGAUAUUCCAAAACCAUCUCCAAAACUUCAGUCCAAGUCCCAGGCUGCGGAAACAAUAUCUGCAAAUCUGUCUAAAGUGGCUGGGGCAUGUCAAAACUCAUCUAACCAGGGUGAAUUGGAGUGGAAUGAUAAGUUUGUGAGGUUCUUCUCAUACCUUGGACACGAUUGGAAAACAAAUGGUCUCCAACCUGACAUCCAACUGCAGGUCAGUAAAAUUAUGGCAUCUAAGGAUGUUGAGAAGCAGGUCAAGAUCAGCAUGCAUACAAUAAUCAAGUAUGUCUAUUGGAUGAAAAACAAGGACAGAAUGAGUGUGCUUGAUGAGGAUGCCAAAUCAGGGUUUAAGGUCUUAUUUGACCUUUUAAAAAUGAAGUGA